GGCGCGGCACAGGCUGGCGCGGCACAGGCUGGCGCAGGGCGUGCGUCGCCGUCGCGGCCGGCAGAGGGAUUCUGGGUAACGGCCCCAGCCGGCUGGGGCGGCUGGCUCCGCGCAGUAGGUUCAGCUCACGCCAAGUCUGUUGGCAGUGGGGAUUGUAGGGCCGGGGGCAGCCGGACAUGGAGCAGCCGUGGCCGCCGCCAGGACCUUGGAGCCUCCCUCGGGCAGAAGGUGAGGCUGAGGAAGAGAGUGACUUGGACGUGUCCCCCGGUUCUCCUCGCUACCCGCAGCUGCCGGGAGGCGGCACCCAGAUGUAUAGCCAUGGAAUCGAAAUGGCUUGCCAAAAGCAGAAAGAGUUUGUGAAGAGCUCUGUGGCGUGCAAAUGGAAUCUCGCUGAAGCUCAGCAGAAACUUGGUAGCUUAGCACUGCAUAACUCUGAGUCCUUGGAUCAGGAACAUGCCAAAGCACAAACAGCAGUAUCAGAACUGAGGCAACGGGAAGAAGAAUGGCGGCAGAAAGAAGAGGCUCUAGUACAAAGAGAGAGAAUGUGUAUGUGGAACAUGGAUGCCAUUAGCAAGGAUGUUUUUAAUAAGAGUUUUAUUAAUCAAGAUAAAAGAGAAGAAACAGAAGAUGAAGAUAAAUCAAAAUCAUUUAUGCAGAAACAUGAGCAGAAAAUCAGACAUUUUGGUAUGUUAAGUCGAUGGGAUGAUAGUCAGAGAUUUUUGUCUGACCAUCCAUACCUUGUAUGUGAAGAAACUGCUAAAUAUCUUAUUUUAUGGUGUUUUCAUCUAGAAGCUGAACAGAAAGGGGCUCUGAUGGAACAAAUAGCACAUCAAGCAGUUGUAAUGCAGUUUAUUAUGGAAAUGGCCAAAAACUGUAAUGUGGAUCCAAGAGGAUGUUUUCGCUUAUUUUUCCAGAAAGCCAAAGCAGAGGAAGAAGGUUAUUUUGAAGCAUUCAAAAAUGAACUUGAAGCUUUCAAGUCAAGAGUAAGACUUUAUUCUCAAUCACCAAGUUUCCAACCUAUGACAGUUCAGAAUAAUGUUCCCCAUUCUGGUGUUGGAUCUAUAGGUUUAUUAGAAUCCUUACCACAGAAUCCAGAUUAUCUUCAGUAUUCUAUCAAUACAGCUCUCUGCAGUUUAAACUCAGUGGUACAUAAAGAUGAUGAUGAACCCAAAAUGAUGGACACUGUAUAAUUUGGUUAAGACUGCUGAAGCCAAGUGCUAUUUUGCUACAAGAAAGGAAGAACUUGGCUAUUUUCUUGACACUUUUAUGGGUGCUGCACUUUAUUUUUGUUCGGUUUUUGAUGGGAGGGAAUACAAAGAGUACUGAAACGUUUUGUAAAAUUUCUUUUAUGUGCUGCUAGGUUUUUUUGUUUUGUUUUUUUUUUGGAAGAGAGGAGUGGUACCAUAUGUUGCAAGAAGUCAAACUGGACUUUUUUUUGGUGGUUUUAGCUACUAAAUUUGCCUUUAAUCUUAUUGUUCUCAAUUUUGGAAUCAAAGUAUGAAAAUCUGCACAAAUGCAAUGUUUACAAGAACUGGUUGAUUCUAGGAGGCAUCUGCUACAGUCUUUUUAUAUGGAUAUGUACAUGUUCUACUCUACAAAAAUGAUUAAAGAUAAAAAUGUACUUGUAUCCUAUUGCUAAUUUAGCUGUCAAAUCUGGUGUUUCAUCAUAUUAAAAGCAAUAAAUCAGUAGUUGAUAAUCUA